ACACAAUACCGGUGCCUCUUUUUGUUAUUGUUAAAAAGUGUGGCACUUACGGUAAGAGCUUCAUGAUGAGUACCAGCAUCUGUCUCUUGUUGUUGUUAAAAAGUUCGACAUUUACUGCAGGCACUUCAUGGUGAGUACCGGCAUCUAUUUUUCUUCGGGGGGGGGACACCAUCACAACCAGUGGGUCUUUGCAAAACUAGCUAGGCAAAAUUUGGGUCCUUCUCCUUUGCUUCUUAUCAAAGUGCUCUCUCUCUCUCCCUCUCUCUCCCUCUCCUUCUCCCUCUCAUAGCUCUUCAUGCCUAUGCAGCGGAGCAAAUGGCAAGCUUUCUUUUGCAAAAGUGGUGACAAAAAUCUGACACAUUAAAUCAAUGACAGCAAAGAUUCUCAAGACUCUAAGAAAUCUGGGAAAUAUGUCAAGCAUCUACUAUCUGGGCACUACAGUCUUGCUUGAAACCUACCUGGAGGCUAAACAGCUGAUUAGAGGUAGGAACAUGCUUAAGUGCCUUGCUGGGGGAUAGGGGAGAAGGUGCUGAUGCAGCUGCGCCAUCACUUGCCAUGCAGCUCAGCGUCGCCUUUUGCAACUAACAAGAAGUUCUUCAUUUUCCAAGCUGCGCUGAUGGCUGCAGAGCAAAGAAUCCCAAGCCUCUGACCACACACUAAAAUAGUUUCUCAGGACGAGUCAUAGCAAUCUUAAAUGUUUUUGGUCGGAAAUAACUUCAGAGGGUAUUGGUUGCUGCUGUAUCCUGUCCCCAGUUCCUUACCAGCUCACAGCGCUUUCAUUUUGAUUAAUAACACUGCACAUUUUUGGAUGUCUUAGUCACCGGAGAAGCAGCACAUAGCUUUGGUGCUACUCAAGUGUAUUCUCUGCCCCGCCCCGGGGGGGGGAGGGAGCUUAUCACUUGCAUUAUUUUACUGUUAGGAUUGUUUGGUGUGUUUUUUUUUAAGAAAGAAAACAGAAAGAGCUUUCACUUUUCACUAGUUUGUGAGCCCACCCUGCAUUUCCCCUGGAUGGGCUGAUGUUCAUUAGGUAGGACACAUGCUAGCACUAAUGUGGAAAGUUAGAAACCAAAGACAACUUGUCCCUGUGCCCAAAAGUGACUCAUUGUCCCUUUCCUUGCUCCAGCCAAAAGCAGAUUCAGAAGCUGUGAGAGUUUCCUGAAGAUAAGAGAUAACUCAAAGGAAAACCUGGCAAAAAGAACGGAGGGGAAAAAAGAUGAUGGUCUCGUUUCAAGAUAGCAUUUCCUUCAAAGCCCCUCCAUGCUAAUUAACCAUUCUGUGCAUAUUUUCAACCACAUUAAGG